CCCAAUAGUCGACAUAAAUGCCUCUGUCUGGUUCCGAAUACGACCUUCUCGCCUCAGGCAUUGCCACUAUUCCCCAUUCGGUCCCCGACUCUCUUCAUCUCCUCGGUUGCAUCUUGGAUGAUCUUCUUACGUGACUCAGUGUUACUCGGUGGAUAUUUGGUUUCUGCAUGAUUGUUUUUUCUAUUGUCUUGGUUGACAUCGGUUCAGGCCGCUGGGUGGGAGAUUGGAUAAUUUAAAUACUAUACAGUGUUGUAGUGUACGGUAGGCUGUAGGGUAUCUUUAAUUGUUUACUACUUUGAAGAUAGAAUUGUUGAUUAUUUCUUUCAUACUGAAUUAAUUGCUUAAUACUGCAAAAUGAAAUCAUCUAUCAUUGCAACUUGCAAACAAACCCGGUUUCAUCUGCUUGAUGAUAAACCCGCACAAGAGAUAGAUGUAGCAGGUCUCAACAUCCUCGUAUCAUCCGCACAACCCCCAAAAGACGCAUCUAAGUCCAAAGGGAAAUCAAAAGCCAAAAACGAAGGACGGGAACUCCUCGUAGACGCUCAUCUGCGUCUCAAGUCUGGUGUUCACUAUGGACUUAUAGGGAGGAAUGGGACUGGAAAGUCGACGCUUCUUCGGGCGAUGGCGGAGAUGCUGGUCCCUGGUAUACCGCACGCAACGAGGAUUGCGAUCUUGCAGCAGACGGAUUCUGAGGCUGAUGAGGGCGGUCUUGGGCAUCGUGACCAAGGGAAGGAUAGAACAGUUCUGGAACAAGUCCUGAGCAGUGAUAACCACAGGAAUGAUAUCUCUCGAAAAAUGGAUUUUCUAUCAAAAAGCUUCGAAACGGAGGAUCCUCUGGAGCCUGUAAAAGCUAUACGCAAGGUCCAUCAUGAGAAUCUUCAGAAGCAGUUAUUCCUGGCCCAGAGAAAUGCAAGCCUCAAAAGUGGAGCGAGAGGUCUGCAAGCUCGAAAGGACCUCAAGUCGGCUGAAUCCAAAGUGCAAGCCUCGACGGAGCUACUAAACCAGGAAAAAGAUGCCAUUGAUGCCGAAGCUAUCAAAACGGACACCCAGACUGCAGCGGAGACACUCCAGGACCUUCAAUCCCAAAUUGAAGCCAUGAAACUCGUCGAUGUUGAACAGCAAGCCCGUCAGAUUCUCAUCGGAUUAGGAUUCAAGGAAAGCGCCUUCAACAAGCCAUUCUUGACCCUGUCUGGCGGCUGGCGCAUGCGAUGCAUGCUGGCUAGCGUCUUGAUUCAAAAUCCUGAUAUUAUGAUCCUCGACGAACCGACUAAUUUCUUAGACCUUCUGGGAGUGGUCUGGCUCGAGAAUUAUCUGCGACAGCUACGCGAUUCGUCGCAGACGACUGUGGUAUUGGUUUCCCAUGACAGGGACUUUAUCAAUGCAGUCUGCGAGGAAAUUGUCAUCAUCAAGGAACAAAAGCUAUCUUACUUUCGAGGUAACUUGUCAGCAUACGAAAAAGACUUUGAGGAGCAAAAGCUCUACUGGGGCCGUAUGAAGGAAGCGCAGGAACGGCAAAUCUCCCACAUGGAAGCAACCAUUCGCGACAAUAUUAAGGUCGGGAAGAAGACCAAUGACGACAACAAACUCCGAAUGGCCAAAUCUCGACAGAAAAAGGUAGACGACCGAAUGGGAAUUCAAGUGAAUGCCAACGGUGGUCGAUUCAAACUAAACCGAGACCUCGUAGGCUAUCACUUAUCUGCACGAGCGGAAAUUGAGGUUCCUACCGACGAAAAAGGUGCAUCAAUGAUGCUUCCUGACGCUACUGAACUGCGGUUUCCAGGCCCUUUGAUAUCCUUGGAAGGUAUCGUCUUUCGGUACAAGCCCAAUGAAGCCCCUGUUUUGAACGGCAUCGAGCUUGUCAUGCACAUGGGUGAUCGUGUUGGCAUCAUGGGUCUGAAUGGAUCCGGCAAAUCCACCCUGGUUCGUCUUUUGGCCGGAAGCACGCUACCAACCAAGGGGAAAGUAACGACUCACUCGAGAUUGAAACUCGGUUAUUACGCACAGCACUCGAUCGAUGAGCUCCACGAACAAGGUCUAGCCGAUCCAGAAUUGACGGCAUUGGGACUAAUGACGAAGGAGGUUGACGGCGCAUUCAGUGAAGGCAAUCUCAGAGGUUUAUUAGCAUCGAUGGGUCUUCAGGGCAGGAUUGCUUCUGAUGUCCCCGUUUCCCGACUUUCAGGAGGUCAACUUGUUCGAUUGGCAUUGGCAAAGGUCGUCUGGAAUUCACCCCAAUUGCUCAUUCUUGAUGAAAUCACCACGCAUCUGGACUUCCACACUGUCACUGCAUUAGCAUCGGCGCUUUCCUGCUUCAAUGGCGCAAUCUUGCUGGUCUCGCAUGACCGGUUCCUUGUCCGAUCUGUUAUUGAGGGGAAAAGGGAUGCCGAGAACAGCUUGGACGAAGACUUCGAGGGUGUUGAGCAAGCCUCCGAGGAGUCACAGGGCAGAAAACGGGUUGUCUAUGUCAUGAAGGCAGGCAAACUCAAUGAGCAGCAGAAUGGGGUGGAACAGUUCGAGCAGAGCCUCGUGAAGAGGGUCCAUAAGAUGAUGCCAGCCACGUAGCACCAGCAUAAGCCAAUGUGACCAACUUCUGACACUCUAAGACGUUGUUGUAAAGCGU